CCCAAAUUUCCAAUAAACCGUCCCCCGCCCACCUUGGCCCAUCAGUUCGGUUUCCCCCUCCUCUCUCUUUCAUCCUCUAAACCUCCAGGCUUCCCAGGGCAUUUCCACCCACCGCGUACUGAAGCCAUUAUCACUAGAGCAUCAGACCAAAGACAUACCACACCAGCUGCACCCUGCACCUGGCCCACCACUCCACUGCGGCAGCUCUCCCCAUUUUCCCAUUCACCUCCAGACCACCACUCUGCAACCCACCCGCUGCAGCCCGCAGCCAGGUCCAGUGCAAAACCACCAAACCACCACAAACCACCACAACCACCACCGCAAUGGCGCGCCCCAAGAAGGUCGAGGAGAAGCAGCUGGCCCCGGCUGUCCCCCAGCCCGUGCCCAUCGCUAUCCCCCAGCAGCCUCAGCAGCCCAGCCUGGUCGGCAACAACCUGCAGGGCAGAGUCAUCGAUGUUGAUAACUUCAUCAAAGUGCGCAACUCUGUCUACCACCGUUUGGCCACCAUCCAGGAGUUCAUCCGCUCCACCAAUGCGGACUACCUCCGCCAGACCAACCUCCUGAUUGGAGAGCCCACCCUGCCUGAGGAUGACGCCGGUCUUGCAGACAUCGCCGACAUGUUUACGGCACAGUCGCUGCCUCAAGUACCCGGUAUCCCAAAUGUUGCUCCUGCUCCAGUCCCCGUUGUGGAGGAGAAGAAGGAGCGUAAGAAGCGCCAGCAUGACCCCAACGCGCCCAAGCGCCCGUUGACCCCCUACUUCCUCUACAUGCAGACUGCCCGCCCCAUCAUCGCCGCCGACCUUGGUGACCAGGUGCCCAAGGGCGCCGUGCAGGAUGAGGGACAGCGUCGCUGGGGCUCCAUGUCUGCCCAGGAGAAACUUGGCUGGAACUCAGCGUACCAGUACAACCUCCGCCUGUACAAUGCGCGCGUUGCUUCUUACAAGGCCGGCAACCUGAACGCCAAGAACAUGACUGAUGACGAGGCUAUGGAGUACGCUGAGGAGUUUAACAUCCCCAUGCCUCCCCUGGGCGGCGGUGACAACAGCCAUGCCAACGACCAGGCCGCUAUUGCCGAGCAGCUGCAGCAGAGCGCGCCGGCCCCGGAGCCCAUUGUUGAGGAGCCCGCCAGCACCACCAAAGCAGCCAAACCAAAGGCGUCCCGCAAGCGCAAGAGCGAGGCUGAGCCUACGGCUACCCCCGCUCAGCAGGCGGCGGCGACACCCGCGGCCAGCCCGGACAAGAAGCGCAAGAGGGCGUCUACAAAGCCGGUAGAGCAGCCUGAGAAGGAUGAACCCAAGAAAUCGGGACGCAAGAAGGCUAAGAGCGGUUAGGCGGCCCCAUUCCUUGAUCAACACGCUAUCGAUCCGGCCCUCUUCCAAAUCCAACAAUGAUACCUCUCUUUCGGUGCGGCUCUCGUCUUUGUUUUUCGUUCCAAGUACCGAGAGAAAUAUCGACACCCGGCCCCGGAACCCCCUCUACCCCGACACAGAAGUUUCGAAAGCAUCUUGCCCACACCUGCCGACGUCAAAAGACGUGGCUCGCUCUGCGAGCCAUGUGUGACUGUCAAGCGCAAGGCCCAACCAUACCGGCCUGGCUCCUCAUCUGGUGCAAGCGCACAAGCAACAUCUUUUCUGUCUGGCUCGUCUGGUCUUGUUUUCCAGUAGAUCCAGGGCCUGGUAGGAUCUUCUAUAGCCCUGGGUCCUAGACCUAGACAAGGGAAGUAUACCUGGGCGGCUCUUGUUGAGAGGUUUCUUGUUUUGCCCCAGCUUGCCUGCUUUGCAUGUUUUGCAUGAUCAAUGAAAAGAUGCGGACCCAGACCGUGCAGUCGCGGAGGGGGAGGGGCUUAGAAAUGAAACACUCACUGCCCUACUUAGGGCCCAAUAUCUGGAUGGAGUCGGUCUGCGCGUGGUGUUGGGCGGUAGGGGCGUACAGGUCAAUGCAGGACAAAUGCGUGGUUUACGUUGCUGGCUCUGCUUAUUGUAUUUCUUUUUGGUUGUGUAACUAUUUGUUGCUGGCUCCGGUCUUACAAGGGGCAGUCUGGUACAUGGCCUAGGAUGAUAGCAAUUCACGAACACUUGAAGCG